AUGCGAUGUUUUGUAAUUCCUAUUAUUUUAAUUGGAGUGUGAGUUGGGUAACAUUAUAGGAUAAUUAAUUGAAAGAUUGUCUAUUCAGAUGUCUUGGCAGUUCAUGCAAGAAAAUUCUUUGUCCAGAACAAACUGGAAAGCAAAUAUCAUGUGAUAUGUGUCACACAUGCCUAGACAUUAAAUCAAGGUAAAUUGUUCAUAUCUUUUGACCAAUCCUAAAAUCUUUUCAGAUUUUGUUACACUUCGGAUCAUAAGUCAUGUGGAUGUGCUACAACGGUUCCUUCAGUUUGUGGAAAGGGAUCUGUAAAUUAUACAUUCUGUCUUUUACUGGGUUCGUAGAUCUAGUAUCGGAAAAUUCUUGCAAAUCCUGCAGCUGCAGAUGACGUUUCACUACCACCUCCUGUAACAACCGUUAUUGAUGAGCAUUCGGUGUCAGCGGUAGUUCCUCGAUUCUUUCAAGAAGCUCCCUUUAAUGUCUUGAAACCCUCCUUCCUCUACUUGUUAGCAAUUUUCACAAGAGUAAGUUAAAAUUGUGAUUUACUGAACUAAAACUUUUUUCCGAAUGAAACGAGCUGUACAUCACUGGGCCACAUUGAAGCUUAUAGCAGGAAUCAGAAUAAAUGUCUUCUAAGAAUCCGAGUUCAAAUGCCAAAACUUGAUUACGCCGGCAACGAUGUGAGUUAUCAGGAACAAUGUUGGGUCGACUAUUUCUUCAGAACUAGGAGACACCGUUUUCUUUGACGGCUUGUUUUUAAGUGCGUUGUUGAUAAGUUAUGAGUGAGGAAUUCUUUGUGACCUAUUUAUUGAACUUUAGCCACAUUUUGAGGGGGAAACUAUCCGACGUUUCGGCAGUAGCCAUCAUAAUGGAUUGCUUAAUUUUCCUUAUUCAGAACUACUACUAUGACGAUCGAUCACCUCUGGAAUCGCAGUUCUCUAGGGAAAUAUUCGGUAAAUCAUCAAAUGUGUCCUUCUGGAACGAAGUAACCAUGAAUCGCAUUAUUGACCUAGACAAUGGAUCCAUAAGUUUUUCAACUAUUUUGAAAUCAGCCCGAACUGAUUUUGAGCUAUAA